AUGGCUAUGAGUAAUGUUGAAAGAAUAAAAAAAUAUCGAGAGAAAAUCAAAAAAGAUAAAGUUAAGUAUGAAGCAGUGAAAGCAAAAGAUCGUAUUCGUUUUAAUUCAAAAAAGCAAAAACUGACGGGAGCAAGCUUAGCUAAAUUUCGUAUCGAAAACAAACUUCGCCAACAAAAAUAUCGAGAACAUAAAAAAAAACGUUUAGUUAAAAAACCUCCUCCAGAUUCAUUCAGAAAUCGUCAAUCAUUUGGUAAGGCAUUAAAGAAAACAAAUUCUUCACUUCCAAAAUGUGAUAAAAAAAAAGUUGUCAUUCAGCACCUUGCUGAAACGUAUGGUUUGAUUCCUAAAUCUAAACAUCAAUGUACUACAGUUCUACUUGCUGACAAACUAAAAAAUGACGUUCAUAAUUUCUAUUUACGAGACGAUAUUUCAUAUCAAUUACCAGGUAAANCAAUUCCUUAA